AUGCUGCCGACCUUCACCCGCUUCGCCUCUCCCUCGCGCGUCCUCCUCGCCCACGCGCACAAGCCGCUCAUCCACUUCCCCGACCGGCGUGCCGAGCCUUCGCCGCACUCGCCGCACCCGCAUCCUGCCGCGCCCUCCGACAUCCGCGACGCCUUCUCCUCGUUCCAAGAAAAGCUCGCCAGCGGGCCGCACUUUGACAAGGCGGCCCUGCAGCCCGUCGAGGCGCUCGCCAAGGGCGGCCAGGUCGGCGGCACGGGCGGCGCGGCGGCAGCCAGCAACGCGGUGGAGGAUGUGUUCGACCUGCCCGAGCGCUUCUGGAACACACCCAGCCUGCGGUGGGAGGAGAAGGAGAUGGACGCUGUCAUGGUGAGUGCGGCGUGAGAGAACGGACAUGCAGAGUGGGCCAAAGCGAAGCGCAAGGGCAGAAGGCGUGCUUCGCAAGGCGGCACAGGCGAGCUGCAGGCAGCUGUAGACGCCCUGGUCAUUCCCGGCUGUGGCCUCUGCAGCGGGCCGCCAGCUGUCAGCAGGCGCUGAUGCUGAAGGGUCGGUGGUCUGGGCACUGGAGGGUUCAGAAGCCUCAGCACCCUAGAGGCGUCAUGCGUAUGGGCUGCGCAUCGCCCUUGCGCCAGCGAACGUCCCGGGACCUCGAGACUAGCGCACAACUCACGAAUGCGGCGCUUCACCCUGCUGCUCGAGUUCCCAGCUUGCCUCUCGCUCUCGCCGCUUCAGCUUCUGCAGGCUCGCUGACGCAGCCCAUCUCCUCACAGAGCGGCGGUGCAUUCUAGACAUAGAGAUUCGUUUGUGCUUCUUCCUUCGUCAAUGCCAGGUCAUAU